GCAAUGGGAGUACAGAGGGGAUGGGUAUCGAGAGCGGCAUGGGAGGAGUGGCGAUGGUGGUGGAUGGGGAGGCCAUUAUCAGUGGGAAGCGGAAACGUUGACAGUCUGGCCGGCGCUUGUAUAAGCAUGCGUUUCCUUUCUUCUUUCCCUUUCUUUUUCUUUGUUCUUUACGCCAAGCGGCCGGAAUCCGAAGAUUAUCUUAUUUCGUUGUUGUUCAUCAUAUCAGGAGCUCAGCCUACUAUGGUUUUGUACACUUAGCUUUGACAUCGCAUGGUAUUGCGCAUGUAUGAACGUUCAUCACAAGUUAUACAUACUCUUACAUAGGUUCCAAACAGUUUCAUACGUUUAUCACUUUACAUACAUACUUACACUUAUAUCUCUCCCUUCAUUCCCUGUUUUCGUUCCUCCCCACUUGUCCUUGAUAUUAUCCUACCCACACAUUUCGUCCUUCCAUUCGGAUACUUUUACGACGAAUUGUUAAUAAACUUGUUGUAAUGUCCAUGCGAGU